AACGGUCUGAAUGCGUUGCACCUGGCAGCUAAGGAGGGCCACGAGGCCCUGGUGGAAGAACUACUGGAGAGAGGCUCCGCCGUUGACUCUGCUACUAAGAAAGGGAACACAGCCCUUCACAUCGCCUCACUGGCAGGACAGAAGGAAGUAGCUAGACUGCUGCUGAAGAGAGGAGCCGACAUCAACGCCCAAUCACAGAAUGGCUUCACUCCUCUCUACAUGGCAGCUCAGGAGAAUCACCUGGAGGUGGUCAGGUACCUGCUGGAGAAUGGAGGGAACCAGAGCACUGCUACUGAGGAUGGGUUCACCCCCCUGGCCAUAGCCUUGCAGCAGUGUCAUAACCAGGUGGUCUCCCUCCUCCUGGAACAUGACACCAAGGGCAAGGUGCGGCUGCCCGCCCUGCACAUCGCUGCCCGGAAGGAUGACACCAAGUCAGCCGCCCUGCUGCUGCAGAAUGACCACAACGCUGAUGUUCAGAGCAAGAUGAUGGUUAACAGAACUACAGAGAAUGGAAAGAGUGGGUUUACCCCCCUGCACAUUGCUGCUCACUAUGGCAACGUGAAUGUCUCCACCCUCCUGCUCAACCGAGGUGCUGCCAUAGACUUCACCGCCAGGAACGGGAUAACUCCUCUCCAUGUGGCUUCUAAGAGAGGGAACACUAACAUGGUAGCUCUACUGUUGGACAGAGGAGCUCAGAUAGAUGCCAAGACCAGGGACGGCCUCACCCCCCUGCACUGUGCAGCGCGGAGCGGACAUGACCCCGCCUUGGAACUGCUGCUGGAGAGAGGAGCACCUCUACUGGCUAGGACCAAGAACGGUCUCUCCGCCCUCCACAUGUCGGCCCAGGGAGACCAUGUGGAGUGUGUCAAACACCUGCUGCAGCACAAGGCGCCUGUUGAUGAUGUCACCCUGGACUACCUGACGGCGCUGCAUGUCGCCGCCCACUGUGGUCACUACAGAGUCACCAAGCUGCUGUUGGACAAGAGGGCCAACCCCAACGUCAGGGCACUGAACGGGUUCACUCCGCUGCACAUCGCCUGUAAGAAGAACAGAGUGAAGGUGAUGGAGCUGCUGGUGAAAUACGGAGCCUCCAUCCAGGCCGUGACGGAGUCUGGUCUGACCCCUAUCCAUGUAUCAGCCUUCAUGGGUCACCUCAACAUGGUUCUGAUGCUGCUGCAGAACGGAGCCUCGCCUGACGUCUGCAACAUCCGUGGUGAGACAGCGUUACACAUGGCUGCCCGUGCUGGUCAGAUGGAGGUGGUUCGAUGUCUCCUGAGGAACGGAGCUCUGGUCGACGCCGUGGCAAGAGAGGACCAGACCCCCCUCCACAUCGCGUCCCGUCUGGGGAAGACAGAGAUCGUCCAGCUGUUACUGCAGCACAUGGCUCAUCCUGACGCCUCCACCACUAAUGGAUCCACUCCUCUACACAUCGCUGCCAGGGAGGGUCAGUUAGAGACCACCGCUGUGUUGCUGGAGGCUGGGGCUUCCCACUCACUGGCUACCAAGAAAGGAUUCACUCCUCUACAUGUAGCUGCCAAGUAUGGAAGCCUGGAGGUGGCAAAACUCCUCCUGCAGCGCAAAGCUAUGCCCGACGACGCCGGCAAGAACGGUCUGACUCCGCUGCAUGUGGCAGCUCACUAUGACAACCAGCAGGUGGCGCUGCUGCUGCUCGAUAAAGGGGCGUCGCCCCACGCCACCGCCAAGAAUGGCUACACCCCCCUCCACAUCGCGGCCAAGAAGAACCAGACGUCCAUCGCCUCGUCUCUGCUGCAGUACGGAGCGGAGACCAACGUCCUGACCAAACAGGGGGUGACCCCUCUACACCUGGCCUCACAGGAGGGGCACAGUGAUAUGACCACCCUCCUGCUGGCCAAGGGGGCACACGUCAACACUCCUACUAAAAGUGGUCUGACACCCCUCCACCUCACAGCUCAGGAGGACAGAGUGAAUGCAGCAGAAGUUCUGGCCAAAUGUGACGCUAACCUGGACCAGCAAACCAAGCUCGGCUACACCCCUCUCAUAGUUGCCUGUCACUAUGGAAACGUAAAGAUGGUCAACUUCCUCUUGCAGCAGGGUGCCAGUGUCAACGCCAAAACCAAGAACGGUUACACUCCGCUCCACCAGGCAGCGCAGCAGGGACACACACACAUCAUCAACGUCCUGUUACAGCAUGGAGCCCUACCCAACACUACCACUGGGAAUGGGAACACUGCUCUGUCCAUUGCCAUGCGUCUGGGUUACAUAUCUGUCGUAGACACUCUGAAGGUCGUCACAGAAGAGGUCAUCACCACGACAACGACGGUGACAUCAGAGAAACACAAGAUGAAUGUUCCAGAGACCAUGACGGAGAUACUGGACGUGUCCGAUGAGGAGGCUCUGAGGCAAAUGGAGGACGAGCCGUAUACUGAGAUGUCUGUGGAUGUAGAAGGUGAGGACACUAUGACAGGUGACGGAGGGGAGUACCUGAGAGCUGAGGAUCUGAGGGAGCUGGGAGACGACUCUCUACCUGGACAAUACCUGGACGGAUUCAACUACAUGAGCCACAACCUGGACAGGUCCAUCCAGACCCCUAUCCACCAGCGAGAUGGAGUCCUGAUAGAAGACAUGAUCACCAGCCACCAGGUGUCGUCUCUGUCCAGAGAGAAUGAGAAGGAGUCGUUCAGACUGAGCUGGGGAGCAGAGCACCUGGACAACGUAGUGCUGUCAUCUAGCCUGCUACAUUCUGGCCAAUCCUCACCGUGCCUAGACCAUGACAACAGCAGCUUCCUGGUCAGUUUCAUGGUGGACGCCAGGGGCGGGGCCAUGCGUGGUUGCCGCCACAACGGGCUGCGCAUCAUUGUGCCGCCGGAAGUGUUCUGCUCCGACCGGGUGACGUGCCGCCUGGUGAAGAGGUACGCCUGGCGUCCAUGCCCCCCGGUGGAGGGAGAGGGGCUGGCAGGACGCAUCAUAGAGGUCGGCCCCACUGGGGCACAGUUCCUCGGUAAGCUCCACCUUCCCACGGCCCCGCCCCCUCUCAACGAGGGAGAGAGUCUGGUCAGCAGGAUACUACAGCUGGGGCCUCCUGGCACCAAGUUCCUGGG